AGGAGAGUGAAAACCUAUAGGAAAAAGAACAAACAAAAAUCACAGAGCUGUGACUGCAUUAAUAACAUCUGUCUAAAGACACACCAGGAAAAGUGAUGCACAUGACAACUGUGAGGCUCUGGGACCUCAUAAGGGCAUCCGAGUUGGUGCUGGGAGCAAGUGGAGAGUGAGAAUCUUACUGACAAUAUUGUACCUAUGUCAAUAAUUAUCAAUAGUUUGAAAUAAUGUCUUUUAACCUUUAGGGAUGUGUUCCCUUGUUGGUUCAAGAGUAAAAUGUGAACUGGAACACCCUCUCUUGUGACUUGCCCCUCCUGAACCCCCACUUUCAGUUUCUGAAUCUGUGGGCUCUUUGGUUUGGAAGGCCUGGCUGCAGGACUAUUUCCCACUCUGGGUUCUGCUUGCAUACUAAAUCUCUUUAUGGUUUGACGCUACUCACAAAGGCAGAAUAGCUAGAGCACUCCUGCUUCCUGACUUGCUAAAUACUAUCUGUCUAGCAUCAGGUUCCAAGGUUCUUCCUGAAGGCUCCUUUGGGCUCCUCUCUUAACUAAAUGCAAAGAUGGACUUCAAAAUACCCUGACCAAAACCCAUGCUAACUUAAACCUUAUUUUUAAAUGAAAUUCAGUUUCUUUUAAGUCACUAUAGAAGAUCUUCCUAUCUUUGUUUUUUUUUUUUUAAUUGAACUUUCUGCCUCUGAAGUACCAACUAUCCAAAUGAACUAAUUAAUAUCUUGAUGAUAUACUGCCAAAACAAUGCUAAAUUCCUCUACAAUGGACAAUGGCUUUUAACUGAGAAUGAAAUCAAAACAUAACUGUACCAUGCAGACUCCCUCCGCUGUAUUUUAAUGGAGGUUUAUCUGUUUUUUUGUUUUUGGUUUUGGUUUUUUGAUUUUUGGUUUUUCAAGACAGAGUUUUUCUGUAUAGCCCUGGCUGUCCUGGAACUCACUCUGUAGACCAGGCUGGCCUCAAACUCAGAAAUCUGAGUUCUGCCUCCCAAGUGCUGGGAUUAAAGGCGUGCGCCACCACUGCCUGGCUGGAGAUUUACCUUUUAGAGGUUAGUGGAUGUUGUAGUGUCUGGCUAUCUAUAGAUAGGAAGUGCCAGCAGAGACCUAGGCGGGAUGGAGGCAAGCAGAGUGGUAGGAGAAGAGAAUGAAAGGGUUGAACUCUGAUGUGGGUGACCUCAAAGAUAGUUUUAUGCUAUGUAUAGUUUAUUUUGCUUUGUUCAAGGAAUCCAUUCAUGAAUUGCUUUGGAAUCUGAUUCCUUUGCAAUGCUUCCUCAUGCUAUUAUAAACAAAUGAAGACUCUUGUGCGCCUGCAUUUUUGUUCCACUCUGUUCUAAAGCUCCUCCCAAGUGGAUUUUGUUCGCAUCAGAAGUUUGUUGUAGUAACCACUGUAAUUUUUUUUAAAGAUUUAUUUAUUUCAUGUACACAGUCACUGUCUUCAGACACACUAGAAGAAGCCAUCAGAUCCCACUACAGAUGGUUGUGGGCCACCAUGUUGUUACUGGGAACUGAACUCAGGAAGAGCAGUCAGGGCUCUUAACCACUGAGCCAUCCCUCCCACCAGUAACCACUGUAACUUUAAAUUCAAUCCUAAACUGUCAUGUCAUAGAAGGAUGCAAUUUAGAAAGUCAAGUGCACAGGUUUGCAUGUAAGAUGUCUGGCCCAAAGAAACUACAGAUCAAGACACAUCAGAGCCCGAGAAUGGUAAGCUGAGUUGACUAUGCAUGGUAUGGCUCAGGGGCUCAGGGGCGCAGAGACUCACAGCCAGAAGUUUCCACAGUUCCUACAGUAAGAGCUUUGGAGAGAUUCUCCUGAACUCACUGGUAAAAUGAAACAAGCCUGAGGAAAGGUGCAUUAAAGUUUUGAAAAAAGACAAAAUUUGCUCCAUGGCAGUUAGAAUUGAUGUAGAGUCCACAUUUGUCCUGUUGGAGGCUUCCUCUGUGGAUGCACAGUAAACAUGGUGGGAACAGAAGGCAGGCCAGCAGUAGUGCUGUAAAUCAGACAGACACCCUAAGGACAGAUGAUUGUCAUAUUAAGACAGGCAAUCAACAAACUCCUAAAAUAGUCUUCUUAUUGUUGGAAAACAAAAUAAAUCCACUAUUUGGGAACUUAAUAAAAACCGAGAGGAGCUUCAGCUCCAAAGACGCAUAUCCAUCACUGUUUCACUCUGUUAUGCUCCAGGUAGGAAGCCCAGGGCCUCAGAGACAGUCAGGAGCCGUGCACCUUGUUAUUUUUUGAAUGUAAAAGGUCCUCGCCGGCUUGUGCUUUAAAGGCUCAUUCCUCAACAAAAUGGUGCUGUGUCUGGGAGUUUGGGGCCUUUUGAGAUGGAGCGUGGCAGGUGGAACUGGGUCGAUGAUGGGAUGAUCUGAAGAGCAUAGCCUGGCCAUUAGUUCUAGUUGCCCUCUGCUUCCUGUCUUGCCAGCCUGUGGACAGCCGAAAGUCGCCUUACUCCGGGAUGACCACUCUUCCUGUCCCAGCUAUGAUGGACUGUAGCCCUCUGAAACCUUGAGUAAAAAACUAGAAUCUCUCUUUCCAUAAAGUCAUUCCCAUGGUGUAUUUUGUUCCAGUGUUGGAAAGGUAAUGUAACAGUUGAAGUGAGGUCUCCUCUGGCUCUCUGUGGACUUCCAUGACUGAACGGUGACUUUCACGGUGAGCAGAAGACAGCUAUGUGUGACUCCAGCUAUCCUCCUUGCCUCCUAAGUCACUGAAGCAGCAGACUCUUGAUUCCUCCCUGCUUGGAUGAGAGUUCCUGCACAACCUAGAAUGCUGACAAUGUGCUGCCUUGAGUGACCUCUUCUCACAUUCUGUCACCCUAAAAUGGUCGAUUGUGGAUGUAAAACACGGCUUUAAGACAAAGACAUCAGCAAUUGAACUACUCACGCUAUCAGACUAUGGUGUGGCACACUGGGCAGGUCAUCAGUGUGGCACGCAGGUCACAUUGUAUCAGUAUGGCACACAUGGCAGGUAGUCAUAAGUGUGUUCACACAUAGCAAGUUGUCAUCAGUGUUGCUCACAUGGCAGGAUGUCAUCAGUGUGUUCACACAUGUCAGGUUGUCUUCAGUGUGUUGACUCAUGGGAGUUUGUCAUCAGUAGGGCACACAUGGCAGGUAGUCAUAAGUGUGUUCACACAUGGCAGGUUGUCAUCCGUGGGGCCCACAUGGCAGGUUGUCAUCUGAGUGUUUACACAUGGCCAGUUGUCAUCAGUGCGUUAGCACAUGGCAGGUUGUCAUCAGUGUGUUCACACAUCAGAGGUUGUUAUCAGUGUGGCACACAUGCCAGGUUGUCAUCACUGUGUCAACACAUGGGACAUUGUGUUCAGUAUGUUCACACAUGUCAAGUUGUCAUCAGUAUGUUCACACAUGGCAGGUUGUCAUCAGUGUGUUCACACAUCAGAGGUUGUCAUCAGUGUGGCACUCAUAUCAGGUUUUCAUCAGUGUGUUCAUACAUGGCAAGUUUUCAUUAGUGUGGCACACAUGCCAGGUUGUCAUCACUGUGUCAACACAUGGGACAUUGUGUUCAGUAUGUUCACACAUGUCAAGUUGUCAUCAGUAUGUUCACACAUGGCAGGAUGUCAUCGGUGUGUUCACACAUGGCAGGUUACCAUUAGUGUGUUCACACAUGGCAGUUUGUCUUCAGAGUAGCACACAUGGCUGGUUGUUAUCCGAGUGUUACACAUGGCUAGUUGUCAUCAGUGCGUUCACACAUGGUAGGUGGUUAUCAGUGUGUUCACACAUCACAGGUUGUCAUCAGUGUGGCACUCAUAUCAGGUUUUCAUCAGUGUGUUCACACAUGGCAAGUUUCAGUGUGGCACACAUGCCAGGUUGUCAUCACUGUGUCAACACAUGGGACAUUGUCUUCAAUAUGUUUACACAUGUCAGGUUGUCAUCAGUAUGUUCACACAUAGCCGGAUAUCAUCAGUCUAUUCACACAUGGCAGGUUAACACUAGUGUGUUCACACAUGGGAGGUUGUCAUCAGUGUGUUCACACAUGCCAGGUUGUCAACAGUGUUUUCACAAAUGGCAGGUUGUCACCAGUGUGAUCACACAUGGCAUGUUGUCAUCAUGGAGGCACACAUGGCAGUUAAUCAUCAGUGUGGUACACGUGGGAGGUCAUUGUGAGUCUGGCACAUAAGGGAGGUUGUCAUCAGUGUGUUCACACAUGGGAGGUUGUCAUCAGUGUGGCACACAUGGCAGUUUUUCAUCAAUGUUCAUACAUUGCAGGUUGUCAUUAGUGUCAGGUUGUCAUCAGUGUGGAAUACAUAUGA